GGUCUUAUGUCAACUUCUUAUGAUUGAAGUCAAAGUCAAAUGGUUAACUUGAAUUCAAAUAAAAAUGUAUUUGAAAUAUAUAAACAAGAUAUGCGGUAAUUUAAUUAAACGACAAUGUAGUUGUACUAUUAGAAAACUUCAUCAAAAUAGCAAUCUUCAUUCGCCAGGGGCUUAUGAAGCUUCUGGGAAAACAACAGUGCAAGUUAUGAAUAAAGAUACUGAAAUAGGAAUUAUGAUAGACGGAUUUAGUCAAGUUGGAUUUAAGCUGAACAAUGAUUUUACGAUUUUAGGAUCGAUGGUCAUAUUUCCAAGGUCAGUACUGUCCUGGAAUGUAGAAGAUGUCUCGGAAAUCACGGAACAAACAUUGAGCCUCUUUACGAUAUUAGAACCGAAAAUCGACAUUCUAGUUUUAGGAGUAGGCGAUAGAUUGCAGGAUUUUAGUUUGUAUACAAAGAUAUUACCGUUUACCAGGAAACACAGAAUGUCUUUGGAAGUUAUGCCAACCGAGCAAGCUUGCGCCACGUUUAAUUUUUUAACUACAGAAGGCAGGAACGUGGCUGGGGCGUUGAUUCCACCGAAAAUCAUAAACACGAGUGAAGAUGACGAGAUGGAAUCGAAAUUGAGAUAUCAGAAUUUGUAUGGUUAAUAAUAAAUUUAAAAUUGAAAAAAAUAGAUUUUUAUCUAAUUCCAUAAUUAUCCCACUCCUGGAACUUGAUUUGUGUUUCAUUCUACAGGGUGUUCUUAAUAACAUGCUAAUAUUUUAGGGGGUGAUUUUUG